AUGCACAAUCAGGCUUACACUGUUCCAGCCUUCUUAACUAAACUGAAACUCCUUGUGGACGAUACCGAAACAGAAGAACUUAUUUAUUGGGACCCAGUUAGUCUCUGAUUUUAUUUACUCAUCCCUUUAGAGUGGCAGAAGUUUUCAUAUCCGUGAUGGCAAUCGACUAGCUAAGGAGGUGUUGCCUUUGUUCUUCAAACACAACAAUCUUUCGAGUUUUGUUCGACAGCUGAAUAUGUGUACGGUUUAAUUUCUCAAGAAAUCAUUUUUAGAUGGCUUUCGAAAAAUCAACAGAGCGGAUGUUUAUCUGGGCACUUCAGGGGAUGGCGAAGAUAUGGAAUUCAGCCACCCAUUCUUUAUCAGAGGAAAUGAUGCUCUUCUAACAAGAAUACACCGAAAGCCCCCUAGUUAUACGCUCUCAAACAAUAUGCUAUCCAACCAGCUACUGAUGGGCUCCGCUGCCGUUUCUUCCACUGGCUUAAAUCAACAUGCUGCAACAGCGAGGACCAACCGCGUCAUUCUUAGCAGCGAGUUUAAUCGUUUGGCUGAAAUUGUAAAGCAAAUGAGAGCUCGUCAGGAAUGGACUAC